AUGCAGCGUCCACGCCGCCUGUACGUGCAAGCUCAUACCACUGGGAACAGCUCUGGUCGACGAAGCUUCGACUUCGACUUCAUCUUCCCGCCAUGGACGAAACAACGUGAAGUGUACGACAAGUGCGUACGAUCACAAAUCGACCACGUUUUGCAGUCACAGCAGCGAGGACAAAUGCAACACGCGACGCUUGUUGCUUACGGUCAAACUGGCACUGGUAAAACUUACACUAUGGGCAUGCUGAGCGAUUUCUCGGACUACAAAGAGCAGGGAUUAAUUCCACGAGCGAUAUCUCAAAUUCUAGAGUUUGCAGACAGCGUGGAGAGCGAAGAAGAUGGGCGGGAAACGGUAGUGACGUUGUCGUUUGUACAGAUUUACCUCGAGACAAUCCAAGAUCUUCUAGCUCUGCCUGGCACGGCUCGGGGAAAGCCACACUCUCGAUCUGGCACUUCUAGCGGCGACCUACCUGUACGUCAAGGACGUGACGGAGCAUUCUACGUCGCCGAUCUAAACGAGUACGAGAUUUCGUCAAUAGAAGACGCACAUGCACUGCUCGAACUUGCGAUGCGUAACCGCGUCUUGGCUGCGACCACGAAAAACAAAACCUCGUCUCGUAGCCAUACGCUGCUCACAAUUUCGAUCAACGAAGAGGAAGACGAUGAAAUCAGCAAUGCUGACGAAGGUGAUCCCAAUCAAGCGUCGACAAUCUCGUUCGUAGACUUGGCUGGUUCCGAGCGUGUGGAUGGAGCGCUACAUUUUCUUCGGGCCACUCGAGCUCGACAGGAGCAACGAAUCCGUGAGGCGAAAUUCAUUAAUCGUUCGCUGAGUGCGUUAGGUGGUGUGAUCGCUGCACUAGCGCAACCGAAACCUGAUGCUACCGGAUCGACUUCUGCGAAUGUUUUGGCUCGGUUAAAUCGUUCUUUUCAGGAUAAAAUGCCGCAUCCGGUCAGGAAUGAGCAGGGGCAACCACAUAUCCGUUUUCGAGAUUCGCAGCUUACAAAGUUACUGCAAGGGCGACUUAUCGGUGGCCGUGGACGUCUACUGCUGAUCGCGACUGUGGACGAUCAAGCGAAAAAUCUUUCAGAGACGCUAUCGACUUUAAAGUUUGCAUCGCAAUGCCGUCGAGUGGAGCUUGAAGAAGGAUCAAGACUUGGUGGGGACAGGAAUGAUCGAGUGAGACGUCAAAAAGCUUUGCUUGACAAGGUGCUUAACGAAAUGAAGAAAAUGCACGAGAACCGGGAGGCAGCGCUGCAUAGUGAAUACCAAGCGCGAAUUGAAGCUUUAGAACGCGAGUUAGAAAGUGUUCGAGCAUCGGCUCAGUCGUUAUCGUGCUCAACACCAGAAGAUGUAGUACCCACGAAUCUUGCAUCGUACACGGCACUCUGCUCACUAGUGGACGCUGUUUGUUCCAUUGAUGAUGACGACGUUCAAUGUAGAGAAAGCAAGCAUCCAAAAGCUAUCGAUUUCCAGACCGAGAAGGAUAUGCUCGAGCUCCGUUUCAUCACAACAGCCUUCCACGCACGAUCAACAUUACAAUGUCGCCAAGCAAUCACUCCCUCUUCGGGCAUCGGCUCAAUCUUCCGACUCGACCAGGACAAGUACCCGGCGAGCACGCAUUGA